AUGCACUAUGUUUUAUUCUACGCCGUAGAUCAGGGUAUCUUCAACGAGUAUCACAAACAACAUCAAGAGAUCUCAGAGGACUACUUUAUUCUUAUACGAGUGCGACUGCGAUGUACUUUGGCAUUUUGGAGGAAUAAAGGCAUACAGGAAAUAUUCUUAGAGACGGUUAAGAAAUUUCCUGCAAAGGAAGCAAUCUAUGAUGUGACUCUUGGAAAAUCUUUUACAUUCACCGAACUUGAUCAAAUGGCCUGUCGGUAUGCUCACAUGAUCCAGAAACAUUCGUCAGUGAAACCUGGUGAUGUGGUGGCGAUUUUCAUGGAAAAUGGAGUAGACUUUGUAGCUGCUUGGCUCGCCUGUGCGAAGAUAGGUGUGAUCUCCGCUUGGAUCAAUACUAAUCUUCGUGCAGAAUCCUUGACGCAAUCACUGGCAAACUCUAAGGCUUCUGUCGUUCUUUGUUCAGCAUCUCUUCAACAAGCACUGAUGGAGGUAACUGAAUCGAACGCGGCCCACUCAAUGCAACCAUUACUGAUCUUCUCAAGAGGGAGCUCGAACAAACUCCACAUCAAAUUAAUUGACAAACUUCUACUUGAACAACCGUCAUCACAACCAACAACUCAUCGCCAAAUGACAUUCCAAGGUAAAAGUUCUGAUGAUGAAUGA